CGCAUACCAAAAUUGAAUUCAAAUGGUCGAGUAAAAUUAUUUUUGCCUCCACAUCAGACGAGAAACCCCAACAAGUUACAAGUCCAAGUUUUAACCGACGUCAACUCAUUCGACAAUGGCCUGCAAAAUGAUGAAAAUAAUUCCCAUUUUCUUUAUUUUGCUCGCGACGCUUUUGAGUUCCAGUUAUGGAAAUGCCGUCGUGUCUCCUCUUUGUGGAGGACGAGUUUUUGUCGAGAAUACGAUCGUGAUUGAAGCUCCAGUUCACGAAAAUUGUCACUGGGACAUUCAAACGCAAGAAGAUCGUAUCCUCGUCAUCACUGCGGUCAACGGAAACCUCAAAGAAGCUCAAGAGUUUCUAGCUAUUCACGACGGAUCCGGCAAAGAUUCGCCCAUUCUGCUCGUGGAGAAUCAAAAGACCCACGAGCGUUCGAGAAAAGAUUUGCCACAGGCCGUGUACACGACACAGUCGACGGCGAGCAUCCGAUUCAAAAAGGCGCCAACUUCAAAUUUACAGCUCAAAAUUCAAAAGGCAGUCAUUUGUCCCUUUAAUCUGGGAACGGAGAGCCAAUGCGGACGAGUCAUCGACGACGUUUCGUGCUACUGCGCUACUUUCACCAAAAGAAGUCAAGUGAGCCAGCGGACGUAUUGUUACAAUCACAAUAUGAAGUUGCUGUCGCUGGAAACGUACGAGAAGGAGCAAGCCAUUCACGUUGCCUGGGGCUAUGAGGCCCGCUUUUGGACUUCUCUGACCGAUGCGAUAGACGAGGGAACUUGGUAUUGGGAAAGUACAGACACGGCCUUGUUUCCUGGCUACUCGAAUUGGUGCAACAGGCAGCCCGACGACGCUGGAGCCUUUGGUGGCGAAGACUGCAUGCUCACCAAUUACGAAACGAACGGAUGCUGGAACGACGGCGAUUGCGAGAAAGACGAGUUCGACGCUAUCUGUCAAGCCAUUCCUUAGUUCUAUGGAUAUUUCCUUUUCCCCUGUUCUGUUACGAUAUCAUCGCCUAGCGAACGAGUAACUGAAAUAUAAAGAUUGUGCAAUGCAGACAGAAACAAAAUAAAACGAUCAAUUAGG